ACACAACAUCAGUGGACGAACGAGACGAACGACGUGAAGCUGAAAACUUCUUCCGUUUUCAGUGAAUAAUUGAGGAAAUUUUACUUCCAAUUUGUGGACUUUUGUGCGGAAUACAAGCCAAGUGAUCGAUUCAACAUGAUGGGAAUGCGGACAAACAUUUUCAACGAGAACUUUCUAAAUGAAACCGAUCAGGAUGCAAACUCAGUGUUGAUUGAGCUCGACAAAGGUCUGCGGUCAACCAAAACCGGUGAGCAAUGCGAAGCGAUCAUCCGAUUCCCGAAGCUGUUCGAGAAAUACCCGUUUCCGAUUCUGAUCAAUUCUUCAUUUUUGAAGCUGGCGGAAUUUUUCCGGAUCGGUUCCAACCUCUCUCGUUUGUGGGUGCUGCGAGUUUGCCAGCAAAGCGAGAAGCAUCUGGAGAAAAUCCUAAACGUCGAUGAGUUUGUGAAGCGAAUUUUCAUGGUCAUCCAUUCCAACGAUCCGGUGGCUCGGGCCCUCACAUUGAGGACUCUGGGAGCGGUGGCCUGUGUUAUCCCCGAAAAGCAGCAGGUUCAUCAUGCCAUCCGCAAUGCCCUGGAUAGUCACGAUACCGUAGAAGUUGAAGCAGCCAUUUAUGCUAGCGUGCAGUUUGCCGCGCAAUCGAAGUCGUUUGCCAUUGGUAUGUGCUCGAAAGUGGCAUCUAUGAUUGAAUCUCUGCAGACACCUGUUAGCAUGAAAAUAUUGCUUAUUCCGGUUCUGCGUCAUAUGUAUCACGACGCAAAUACGGCAGCCUUAGUGCGAACGCUGUGUCAUAAUUUGCUACCGAAGUAUCCUUCCGAACAGUUUGUCAUUGCCAUCAUUCAAUCUCUGUCGCAUCUAUCGUACGUUACAUCCGUUGACAUCCCCGAUCAAGUGGAUUUGCUUUUGGUGUAUCUAAAAGAUCCACGUAAAAAAGUACAGUUAGCUGUUUUGCAAUCGUUGAACAAGCUCGCCGGGAAAGGAGCCUAUCUAUGGCCUAAAAGUGCCAUCAAUAAAUUGCUAACAUUGACAAUGCAAUGUAGCUACACCAAUAUGGCUUUGGAUGUAGUAAUAACUCUAACUGGCUGUCCUACGACUUGUCAUACCAUGCUUAACGAGGAGCGGAACCAGAUAUUGGAGAUGUGUAAGAGCUGUUUGCUGUUGGAACACAACGUUGGAGGGAAAGCGUUAACUAUUCUGACGAAAUUGGUAUCUUAUUGCUGCACGGAGAACAUUCCACCACCAACUUGUUUUGUAGAGCAUCUCAAUAUGAAUCUUGAAUACUUGAUUCACUCGGCUCUGCACAACAAGGCUCCAUUGAAGGAUUUCCGUAUCUAUCUUAGAUGUGGUAUUCAACUGUCGAGAGUAAAUCAGGCGUUUGGUGAAAACUUUGCAGAAACCAUAGCGGAAUUGCUGGUCGAGAACACAGCGCAUUCGGCAUCUCAUCUCAAGCUUAUCUGUGAAGCUCUCGGUGCAAUUUGCUCCAGUUUUACCACCAACUAUGAAGCAAAUCAGUUACUGAACGUGCGCGAAUCCAAGCAUCCUUUUGACGCUAUUUUGCUACCCAUUUUAAAAAAGCUGGAAUCAUACAUCGAACUACCGACGCUAGAUCGCAACGAUACUACUAUCGUCGAACUGUUGGCAUCGAUCUGUCUUCAGGCAGUGCUUGGAUCGUUCAUGCCUCAUAGAUUGAUGAAGGCAUUCCACAACCUGCUGAGAAUAUGCAACUAUUGGACACAGUACAGAAUUGCCCGGUCAGCAUCUAGAUACGGACAACAUUUUCUCGCUGCGAUCAUUUAUCUGAAGCUAUCCAAACAUGUAUCACAUGAAAAGCUUCACUUCUAUUUGAUUGCGAUGAGUCAAAUUUCGAAAGCUGAAUGUGUCUUGAACCACGGUUUACUGUAUGAACAGUUGGUGCAAACCUUCCCGGAACCUGUGCAGGUCGAUGCUCCGCAACUUUCUUUGCUGGACCGGCUUGAUAGGGCUAUCAAUUUGUACUGUAUGGCGCUGUCUACUCUCAAGGCAACGUCUUCUCCUCAGCAUCCUAUGACGUUCCAGUCGGAAGUGGUCAAUCUUCGAUGUCAGUUUCUCCAAAUGCUACACAGCAUCGUUGUUUCGAGGAACACUUUAUGCAUCACUCCACCGUCAGCGAUUUCCAGCACAUUGGCGCAAAAUUUGAGAGAUCCACUACAAAAGUUCGGCCAUGUGACGAAUCAUCUGCGCAAGGAUAUAAAGAUUCUCAAAUCCUGUGAAGAAGCGUACGCCAAACUUUACAAAAGCUCAUUCGACGCAGAUCCAUGUACGCUGGAAUACCUUAAUACUGUACAAUACUUAUGCUCAAUUCUACAAUCAUCUAUUGAGACUAUCUCCUUUACAACGCCUUCCGAAACGUACAAGCAUCCUCCAAGCGUCACCUAUCCUGAAACAAAAUAUUUGCUCCACAUUUGUCAAACAGUAUCCAAGCAGUUGCAGACACUGCCGAACGAAAUUGGAUCUACUAAAUCGAUCACGAACAAACACAUGGAUGUACUGCUCAAGCAAGUUGAAAUCGUUGUAAAGUCAUCGUUGUGUGUGCCGAGAUUCUUUUUCCAAGUUUUGCAAAACACUUCAGUGAAACUGGCUUUGACUCCACAGCCAAGAAUUUCCGGAGAGCCAAUAUUUGUUCAGCCGAACAGUAAUUUGGUCGUCAAAGUGGAAGGUGUCAUCCAGCAUUAUGGCAAGAAACCGUCCUUGUUCCGUUCAAUAGAUUCUAUUCAAUUAACAUUGUCAUCCCAACUGAUGACUGUCAGGAUUAAUGACGUAAAGGGUAGCUCCGAUAACGUUGUUUUAACGCAAGUUGUGAAACCGCAUCGGGAUUUCCUUAGUGGGAACUUUCUACUGUCGCUCCAAAAUACCAUACAACCUUAUCCUGGGUCAUCAGUUUCUAUGGGCGGUCAAUGGCAGGUAACGCUUGAAGCAUGUGUCAUUGAUCAGAAUGGUAUUAUUUGGGCCACAGGACCCAAGAGUAUGCUUCACGUCCGUAUCCCGGAAGAUAACUUAAAACAAGGCAUGACCAUACAAUCUUCAACACGUCGAUUCUAAACGUAAGCAGGUAAUUGUACGCUAUUUUUAGUUUUAAUAUAACAAGUUUAAUCUUGAAA